AUGAACCUGAAGGGUAAACUGAAGAUCUUGGACAAGGUUCUCAGCGAAGGGGCAUCAAUUAAAUUCCCUGGCGAUCCCGACUUCUAUCCAAAUACCAUUAGGUGGAGUGAGUAUGCAGCACCCCAGCCAGGCGCAGUGAUCAACGUAGCGACGGAAACGGAUGUCCAAAAGACAUUAGCCGUGAACCUCAAAGAGGAGUGGGCCAUCAUUGAAGCCGGCGCUUUGGUUGGUGAAGUCAUCGACGCGGCCUAUGCCGCAAAAGCCCAUGUCGUUGUCGGCAACUGUAACUCCGUCGGGGCCUGUGGUGCGAUGCUUGGUGGUGGCUUCAGUCGACUUCAAGCCAACUACAGCAUAUCCAUUGACAAUGUGAUAUCUCUCCGGCUCGUCACUGAGAAGGGGGACAUGAUCGCCGCCUCUUCGACCGAAAAUGUCGAGCUUCUAUGGGGUUUGAAAGGAGCCGGACAUAACUUCGGCAUCGUGACGGCGGCGAAGGUCAAAGCAUUUCCGCAAAUCAACAACGGCAUACACUGGGAAAGCACUAUGGUCUUCCUCCCAGACCAUAUCGAAGAAGUCACUCAGACCAUCAAUGAUCUUCACAUGGGGGAAGGAAUGUCAAUCCACUACGUUUUCACCGGCCUUUCACCAUUUGGAUUCCCGGCGGUGGUGCUGGAACUGUGGUAUGCCGGUACACCUUCAGAUGCGCAAAAGGCAUUUGCUCCUCUCUUUAGCCUAAAGCCUAUCUACCAGGAUAGCUCGCCAACGCCGUACAACGAGAUCAACGCGGUUCUCGACCGCGGCCAAUACAAAGGCGGCCAGAAGCCGAUGUGGUCCGUCGCUCUGGAGAAAAUCGACCCUGCGGCCGCGCGGGAACUCUGGAAACACUAUCUGGCGUUUCGCCUACGUCACCCAUCCGCCAAGGACUCGGUCGUCAUGUUCCAAUGCUACGGCUUUGGAAAAGUCCGCCAGGUGCCGGAUGAGAGCGCGGCAUUCCCAUGGAGAGCUUUGAACUUUCACGUCUGUGCCUCUCUUCUAUACUCCGACCCUAUACUUGAUGAAGCUGCCAACGUAUGGGGCGACAAGUUCCGGCAGAUCUUGCAAGAGGCGUCUGGUAUGCGAAAGAAUAAAGUAUAUGUCAACUACGCCACGGGGAAUGAGCCCAUCGAGGAAAAAUAUGGCUAUGGUGAAGAUCGAUUGAAGAAACUGAGAGAUCUUAAAACGGAGUGGGAUCCUGAGGGGAGGUUUAGUCACUAUCAUCCCAUUCACUGA